AUGACAAUACCUACGGGAGAAGGUGCCAGUCGCAUCGUACGUGUAGCAGCUACGCAGGUAGAGCCGGUAUGGUUCGAUCUACACAAGACUGUCGACAAGGCUUGCGCUCUGAUUACUGAAGCAGCCGAAAAUGGGGCACAACUCAUCAGCUUCCCCGAAGCCUUUAUUCCUGGAUAUCCGGCUUGGAUCUGGACACGACCGUUGGAUUUUGCUGCCAAUGCAAAAUACAUCAAGAACUCCCUCAAAAUAGACUCGCCAGAAUUCCGCAAGAUCCAAGCCUGCGCAGCGAAGAAUAAGAUCGUGGUAUCCCUCGGCUUCUCGGAAAACGACGAAAACUCGCUAUACAUCGCACAGGCGACCAUUGAUUCCGACGGCGCAUUGUUAAUGAAACGCCGCAAGAUGAAGGCUACGCACAUGGAGCGGACCGUCUAUGGAGAGGCGAGUGGGAACAGCUUGAUAAACGUCUCUAAGACGAAUCUCGGAUACCGUGUGGGGUCACUGGCGUGCUGGGAGCACGCGCAACCGUUGCUCAAGUACAACACGUACUCGCAGAGGGAGGAGAUCCAUUGCGCUGCUUGGCCACCGCUGGAUCCCCACAAUGGUGGUCCGGACCUAUGGUCGUUGUCAGCAGAAGGCUGUCAAACUUUCUCCCGUACCUAUGCCAUGGAAUCUCAAGCCUUUGUCCUUCAUAGCACAGGCAUAAUCUCUCAGGAAGGAAUCGAAGUGAUGGACACCUCCAAAGGAGCUAUCAUGGCUACUCCUGGUGGUGGCUACGCUGCUAUUUUCGGUCCUGAUGGACGUCAGUUAUCGGAAAAUAUACCGUGUACGGAGGAAGGCAUUGUUUAUGCAGAUCUGGUCAUGGACGAUGCUCUUAACGCAAGAGCAUUCCUUGAUGUGUGUGGGCAUUACAGCAGGGCGGAUAUGCUAUGGCUAGGAAGAGAUACUAGCGAGCGGAAGUGCGUAACUGACAAAGAGUCGGUGGAGGAGAAUAUAUAGUCGGUAAGGCACGCAUGUGACCUCACUUAUAUCAGG